AUGGAAAACACGGCCAAAAAAAAGGGGAAAAAAAAAACGGACGAUGUUAAGGAGCGGAUACUGAGCGGGCGAUCCGUUAUAUGCUUCGACGAAGAAAUUGAUUUCGACAAAUGUGGCCCUGUCAGUGCAGACCAGCUUGAGGACACGACAGGAAAUAAGAAAAAAAAAUCAAGUUAUGAAAAUGCCAAGAAUGCUUCGUUAGACAGUGUAGGAAUAGGCACCAAAAAGAAAGGCUCCAAAAAAACGAAGGAAGGUAAAAUAGAUGAGACACACAGAACUUCAAACGAUAAGGGAAAAAAAGGAAAAAAAAAAGGUACGGAAAAUGCCAACACUAGUAACAGUAAAGAUUAUGACGGUGAAGACAUAAUUAGCUUUUACAAAAAUUAUCACAAAAAUGUAGAUAAGGAUGGCGCAUCAAAUUUAAACGAAGACUAUGUCUUUAACGAGGUAGACAGCACCACCAACAGUUCUUCAAUCCUCAGGAUUCAGAAAAAUAAUAUCGAAUUGAAAAAAAAGGGUUCAUCAAAAUUUAUAAAAUUACAAAGUAAUAACAAUGGUGUAGUGUUGAAUGAAGAAAAUAGUGAACAGCUAAAUAAAUGGUUCGAAACUUUGCCAAGUAUCAACUCCGAAAUUGGAAGCAUACUGAAUAAUCACCUCCCUUGUUACAGCAUCCUUAACAAUGUUAAAAGAAUAAAUAAAAUAAAAAGUAUCGCUUAUAGUGAGAACGAAAAUGAAAAUGACGAAAUGUUGAAUACUAUUGAAAAAUCUAGUAUUAUGUUUAAUUCGGUAAAACUCACCACCAAGGAAAAGUACAUCAUCAGGUUCCUGUGUGAAGGGUCUUCCAACACGUUAUCCGAGUUGGUGGAAUUGUUGUUUUACGUCCUCAACAAUGAUGAAUUAGUACGUGAUAAAUUCCCCAUAAAUGCCGCACCCACUUCUGACAAAGCAGGAGGUAACGCUACUACGUUUGCGUUGAACCAAGCGGAUAUGAACCAAAACGGGGAAGAGAACAAUAUGCCCCCAAACAGAGGUAACGAAAAUGAUGAAAGUCGCCAAAAUCAAUGCCAGCUAACCAUGGAUAAUUUCUCCGAUGAGGAGUACUACUCUGACGAUGGUGAGAAGAGAAACUAUAACAUCCAUAUCAGUAGGGAGGACCUGCUCUCAAGCAUCCCCAUUCUACUGAGCAGGAAAAGUCUAGGAGAUAAUAUGAAAAAAGUGAAUGUCAGUAAAAACGAAAAUAACGAAAAAGAAUGCCUAUGGGUCUGGGAAAAUGACAACUACGACAUAUUCCCCCCGUACUAUAAGGAAAUAUUCAAAUAUUUCAAAGAAUUCAGAAAUAACCUUAGCAAAAUAUAUAAAACUUUAAUCAAAUUAAAAUACUCCAUUCUGAGUAAAGACCUACAGACCAUCAUAAAAACACAUGAUUAUUUAAAUGAGCUGAAAAAGAGACAAUAUUUGGAAUCUGAAAAAAGAUGCAAAAGAAUUUUAAUUGAGAAAAAAAAAAUCAUCAAAAAAAAAAUGGACAUGAAAAAACAAGAAGAAAAGAAAAAAAAAAUAGAAGACGCCAAAUGUUUGGAUGAAAAAAAAGCGGCAACUAUUACCAAGUUAGAUAACGUUGUAGCACAGAAUAAGACAGAAGAGAAAAAGCCAAAGCAACAGAACUUCAUACUGUCAUGGCUGACAAUGAAAAAAAACGAGAAAGCAAAUGCUGCCAAUUCGAAUGACAUCUCAGAACAACUCAUUAAAUAUCCAAUUGCCAAUGUACUCAGUUAUAACGAGGCUCUGCGGGAUAAACUGCUCGAAGCCCAAAACCAGUUACCCAUAUUCACGUGCAACCGAAAGGGUGCCAUAGGGUCGAGUCGCAUAUUCAAAAGCAAAUGCGAUUUCGAUAAGCAGAAACUUCUCGAGGACUACGAGAAGAUAUGCGGAAGUCACAAAAGGACAGUUGUGGAUUACUUCAAAGUAUACGUGGACAAUAAAGAGUUCUUUGAAGAAAUCCCGUCGGUUGACAGUAUUGAUGGAAGCAAGUUAAUCGUACAGAAUGAAAAGGGAGUGAGAUCCAAGCUUUGGGAAGACAACGAAUUUUACUCCAAGUUGAAAAACUCCGACUACAUUAGGAGCUUUUACUUUUACGACAAUUCGUGGACAAGGCCAUACAUGUCCCUCCUGGUGCAUAAAGUUUUAGACGACAACAUCAAUUUGCUCCCCUAUUAUUACCACGAUGACAUGGAAUAUGAGAAUGACACGAAUGAGGAUUACUAUGAGAAGUUUGAGACCAUCGACCUUACGACGGAAAAUGAGGAAAACGAAACGGAAAGCGACGGAAGCUCUCAAGACAUGUUCAUCGUCCCAGAUAAUGAACUGAACACGGACAUCAACAUGACGCCAAUAACAAUACCAACCAGUCAGGACAUUCACUUCUUCUCCUUGUUUAAUUGGGAGUGGAAAUUCGAAGGGAACCCCAAGCGGAAUUACGACAUAAUUGACAAAAACACGUGGAAGGAGUUUAACCUGAUAUAUAAGGAGAACAUUUAUGGAUGCCAGUACAUGUCUUGGGGAAAAGAGAAUAACCCCUUCAUAUACCUCUCUGAAAGGAACAAUCCAAAAAACACGUUGAACAAUUAUGACAUUAAGAAAUUAAUAAAGCAUUCUCAUGGGAAGGCAACGAAGAAGGAUGUUCUAGUGGACCAGUUCAAGCUCAAAAAUGAGCACCUAACGAAGGCCGAUACGGAGCGGAAGUUCAAGACUUAUUUGGUAUACAAAAAGUGCGAGGAUAACAGAAAGAAAUGGAUGGCCUCGGAAGAAGGUAUUAAAUUAUUUAAGAACGAGCAACUGCUGAGAAAAAUUUAUAACAUCCGCAAAAGAAAGCUAAACCUAAUUACACAAAAAAUGGAACAAAUGAAGAGACAAAAACGGAUGGACAGAGUAAAUUUAAAAAAGGAAGAGAAAAUAAAAAAGAAAGAAAAAUCAAAUCAAGUAAAAUUAGUAAGUAAGGACAACAUGAAGAAGGAAGCAGUAAAGGACCCAGAAAAAUUGGAAAAGAAGGAAACCAUGACGAAGGAGGGGGCAAAUAUUGUCCAAAUGAUAAUUUCAAGUAGCUCCCUGACUGGUACCAAGAAUGUAAAAAAGUGA